UAUUCCGAACGAUCGUCUACUGGCACCCAUGUGGACCCGUUUGACACACGCUUGUCAGUGUCAGGGUUGUCUCCUUCAGUUUUACCUUCAGUGCUGCAGUCUGAUAACGGCAGGAAAACGAGAAAUUGAAUGUGUUUGCUAGCCUUAAGAAUUGCGUUUUGUUUAUUAAUCGCCGACGGUAUACGGCAGUAGCUGGCUAGAAAAGGACUAAAUAAGCGGCUGUAUCGCAUGCCUGCCUGGGUGCAAUGUUCGCCUGUAAGCUAUUGCUUAACGUCGCACGGCAUACGCGGAUAAGGCAGAUAUACAGAAAUGUUACUACUUGGUCUCCAGUGGGAACUGCUUUUAAUGCAAGACAACAGAGAAGAUUUGACUUGUUUGAGAAGAACGUGGGCUUGUUUGGCGUUCCGGAGCUGAGUUCUCCAGAAGGCUUUGAGGUUGCCCAGGAAAAAGCUUUGAAGGAAACUGAGCAGCUGGUAGAAGAAGCAUGCAGCAGCCCCCCCGGAGCACAGACUGUGGCAGCCUUUGACCAGCUAUCGGACAGCUUGUGCAAAGUCGCUGAUCUGGCCGACUUUGUUAAGGUGGCUCACCCAGACCCUGCAUUCCGGGAUGCGGCGGAGAAGGCGUGUUUGAAGAUUGGCACAACCGUAGAGAAGCUGAACACUAAUGUUGAAUUAUGUAAGAGUCUGAAGGAUCUGCUGGACAACAAAGAUAUUCUGGCAACUUUGGAUCCAGAAACAAGGAAGGUCGCAGAGCUCUUCAUGUUCGAUUUUGAAAUAAGCGGAAUUCACUUGGAUGAGAAAAAGAGGAAAAAGGCUGUCAACCUACAUGUUAAGCUGCUGGAUCUGAACCAUGAAUUUCUAAUGGGCUCCCACCUCCCGAACAAGAUAGAGAAGCGGGCCCUUCCGGAACACAUCCGAAACCAGUUUUCAUUCGAUGGCAAUUACAUUCAGAUCGGGGGCCUGCAUGCCGAGUCGCCCGAUGACCUGAUACGGGAAGCUGCUUAUAAGAUAUUUCUGUACCCCAACACCAAGCUGUUGCACUGUCUUGAAGAGCUGCUGGCUUUUAGGAAUCAGCUUGCGCAGCUGGUGGGCUACGAGUCUUUCGCACACCGGGCGUUGAAAGGAACAAUUGCAAAAACCCCAGAGACUGUGAUGAAAUUCCUCCAGCUGUUGACAGACAAGCUCUCUGAUAGGACAGCAAAGGACUUUGAAAUGAUGAGAGAUAUGAAGAUGAGGUUGAACCCCAGGAGCAGCGAGCUGAUGCCAUGGGACCACCCCUAUCUUAGUGGCGUGUUGCGAGCUGAGAGGUAUAACAUAGAGCCCAGCCUGUACAGCCCCUACUUCUCCCUGGGGGCCUGCAUGGAAGGGCUCAACGCCCUUUUCAGCCAGCUGCUGGGGGUCUCCUUGCAGGCUGAGCAGCCCCAACCCGGGGAGGUGUGGAGUGAGGAUGUCCGCAAGCUGGCAGUGGUUCAUGAGACGGAGGGUCUUCUGGGAUACAUUUACUGCGAUUUCUUCCACAGGCCGGAUAAACCCCAUCAGGAUUGCCACUUUACCAUCCGAGGCGGGCGCUUGUUGGGGAACGGAGAGUACCAGCUGCCGGUGGUGGUUCUCAUGCUGAACCUGCCGCAGCCCAGCAAGAACACGCCCACCCUGCUGAGCCCAGGCAUGAUGGAGAACCUCUUCCAUGAGAUGGGCCACGCCAUGCAUUCCAUGUUGGGAAGGACACGCUACCAGCACGUCACAGGAACUCGAUGUGCGACAGACUUCGCGGAGGUUCCCUCCAUUCUCAUGGAGUUCUUCGCCAGCGAUUACCGGGUGGUGAGCCAGUUCGCCCGCCACUAUCAGACGGGACAGCCUCUGCCAGAAAACAUGGUGGCUCGUCUCUCCGAGUCGAAGAAGGUGUGCGGCGCUGCCGAUAUUCAGCUUCAGGUUUUCUACGCUGCCCUGGACCAGAUUUACCACGGCAAGCCCCAAAACCGGUCGACGACAGCCAUUUUGAAGGAGACCCAGGAAAGGUUCUAUGGCCUGCCGUACGUUCCUCACACGGCCUGGCAGCUGAGAUUCAGCCAUCUUGUCGGCUAUGGGGCCAAAUAUUACUCAUACCUCUUGUCUCGGGCUGUGGCCUCCAUCAUCUGGAGACAGUGCUUCCUCAGGAACCCCCUAGACAGGGAAAUGGGAGAACGCUACCGCAGAGAGAUGCUGGCACACGGUGGCGGAAAGGAGCCCAUUCUCAUGGUGCAAGGCAUGCUGCAGAAACGUCCCACCAUUGAGGACUUUGUGGACGCUCUGGUAACGGAACUGAACCCAGACUUUGAGACCUUUGUAAUGGACUCUGAAAGCUGAAGGACCCAUGGUCUCUCGGGACGUCCUAAUUUAUCCCUGAGAUGGCACUGAUUUUUAUCCUGUAAAUCUACAUCCCAUUAGCCAGAACUUCACUCCCAGUCUCGCUGGACCCUAAAUCGCACUACUGAACCAUUAACGACGACGCGAGAGAGCAGUGGGGGUGAAAUGGUUAGAUUCGUUCUUCCUAACAUCUGCCCAACUUGCUUUGUCCCCAAAGAAUCCAAAAGAAUGUGUACGCAUUUCUUCCAUUGUGUAAUUUGGGGUUUGGUGUCUAUGAAGAUUUUUUUCUGUUUCA